AUGACUACACUGUUGCACGUGUCUAAUGUCUGUCACUGUCGUUAUGCCGUGUUUUCUUACUGUAGUGGCACAAAAUGGGUUGCGUUGAGUGGCGGUUCUUUCAAGAUUCCUGAUUGUGGCAGCAUUGAUUUAGCCGGUUUCAGCAGUAUGGCUGCGUAUUUUAGUGGCUCUGACAGCAACAGAUACAUUCAAACGCAACCUAUAGACAUGACGUAUGCAACAUCACUUUCGUUUCGUGUUCAAAUUGGAGCAACAAGCAGUAGUAGUACUUGCGAACCAGCCGAUUCUGGAGAAGACGUUGUUUUGGAAUAUCAAGCUGAAGGAGCCUCGGCUUUUGUAUCAUUAAAAACUCUGGGAUACGAUCAGUACCAGACUGCGCAGACUGUCAAGAUUCCUUUGUCUGGAGCUAUCAUUACAACUGGAACAUCACUGAAGUGGAGACAGGUGUCUCACAGUGGUGCAAAUUUUGACGAAUGGGCUCUCGAUCACGUGACAAUAUCAGGCAAAAAAGCGCAAGUGAAAAGUCUUGUUAUCUUCUCUGAAGACUUUGAUCGUUCACCACAAUUCCCUGGGAUUAAGUGGCAGUUUUUAUCUUACGGUACCAUCCAAGUUCCCGACUGUGGCAGCAUUGAUGAGGUGGGAUACAGCGCGCAAGCGGCGUUCUUUAGUGGAGGCUCUGACCUUGACAGUCGGUACAUUGAAACUGUUGGAUUGGAUCUCACUACGGCCACCACGGUGUCGUUUCGUCUUCGAAUUGGUGGUGGUGGAAGAUGUGACGCAGCAGAGACUGGAGAAGAUGUAGUAUUGGAAUAUCGCGUUUCUGGCUCUUCAAAAUUUACUCUAUUGGCUUCACACUCUGCUACCGGUUAUACGAUUUCAGAAACUGUUACUGUCGUUCUGUCGAGCGCUUCUAAAACAGCUUCUACUGUUCUCAGAUGGAGACAAUUGAAGCACAGUGGUAAAAUGUCUGAUGAAUGGGCGAUCGAUCAUAUUCGCAUUAGUGGAACGCAACCGAUCAGUCCUCUUCCGUCUUUGUUUGCAGAAGACUUUUAUCCUAUUCCCACUUUCCCAGGAAGGAAAUGGAAAGCUCUCGCUGGCGGUGCUGUCAAACAACCCGACUGUGGUAGAAUAGACGUCCCCGGCUACAGUUCACAAGCAGCAUAUUUUAGCGGCUCCGGCGGUCGCUCCAUUCAAACACAAGAUUUAGAUCUUCGUACAGCUCAGACGUUGUCGUUUAUUGUACAAAUCGGUGGGACGACGUCUUCUUGUAAGAAGGCCAACUUAGGAGAUGUUAUUGUAGAAUAUAAAGCUAAAGGAAGUACAUCUUUUGUAUCUAUCAUUACUCUUCCUUAUAAUGCUUACGAAACGGCAACGACGGUCGCUGUCGUUCUUCCUUUACCAUCGAGAACGAGCUCGACGUCGUUGAGAUGGCGCCAACUGUCUCACAGUGGAGCUGGCGUAGAUGUAUGGGCUGUAGAUCACAUACGAAUUGGAGGAUCGGCUUAUGAUCGUCGUCACGUCGUCGACUUCGACUUGUCUCUCGGAUCAUCUAGCGUACAAGAGUCUUCUAGUUACGACGUGAGACUCGAAUAUUCUACUGAUUUUGGUCAAACGUACGCACUCGUUCAACCUGACUGUCUACCGUCGACUUCUCACUGCAGUCAUACGUUGAUAAACAGUCAAUAUUCUGCUGUGCUGUUUGACAAUUGGAGACGCCUUAUCGUACUCUUGCCUCUUGCUGCAGUUUCUAAUAACACUCAGAUCAGAUGGAGACAAGCUGAAACAGCCAAAAGUGAUUGGGCGAUAGACAACGUUUACUUCGGCGUUCAGUGCCCUGCGUUCUGCAGUGGUCACGGUCGAUGUCACAAUGCGACCGGUCAAUACGAAGGUCUGGUGUGUGGAGGUAACAGUGACGGUCAACCGUGCGCUUCUUCUUACACUUACGGCAGUAAAACAUACAAGGGAUGCACUCGUGAUGGGCGCGAAGGCAUCGACGACGAAUUGUGGUGUUCGACGACUUCGAACUACGAUAAAGACAAGAAAUGGGGAUAUUGUGUGUGUGGAGUGUGCCAGUGUGACCCUGGUUAUAGCGGUCCAUCGUGUAGCAAAGUAACAAAGACAUUACCUCGAUUUUUAAAAGAAGACUUUGGUAAGAGUCUGUCUAGUAUGAAAUGGGGAUGGGUUGGAGGCGGUACCAUCGGCACGGUGUGCGGUACGGUAACGUCGGGAAAUAGUCUGGCGUUCGAUGUGGGCAGAUCUCGUCUUCUAGAAACCAUCGAUUUGGAUCUUACGGACGGUACGAAUGUGGCGUUUACGAUUCGAAUGGGAUCGAGCAAAUCCAAAUGUCCUCGUCCGUCUGACAAUACCGAAAACGUUUUUGUACAAUAUUCCACUAAUGGAGGGAUGACUUGGACGUUACUACAAACCAUUCAAUACGACAUAUCGCCUUCUUUGAAAUCUUACAAUCUUUCUAUUCCGAGCGAUGCCAAGACGGCAUCGACUCGUGUUCGUUGGUAUCAACCGAUUGCCAGCGGUUCUAACUUGGACGUGUGGGCUAUCGACGACGUCGCUAUUGAUACGGAUGUUAGUAAACUACCAUGUGCCACUUCUCCGUGCGUCAAUCAAGGUCAAUGCACAAACGAAAUGACCGGCGGCUACAGCUGCAAAUGUCCUUUAGGUUUUAGUGGGAAAAUGUGUGAAGUUGCAAACCAUUGCUAUUCUAACCCAUGUCUCAACGGAGCCACGUGUAGUAGUUCUUCGUCUGCCUUUACAUGUAGCUGUUUCGUCGGCUUUACCGGAACUACUUGUGAAACAAACAUCGAUGAUUGCUCUAAACGCCCGUGCAAGAAUGGCGGCGUUUGCCAAGAUUUGAUCGGCGGUUACAAUUGCAAAUGUGCUGCAGGCUUCAAUGGAGCUAAUUGUGAGACAAACAUCGAUGACUGCAGUAAAAAUCCGUGCAAGAAUGGUGGCACUUGCGUAGACUUGAUAGCCAGUUAUAACUGUCAAUGUGUCGCUGGCUUUACUGGAACGACUUGCCAGACAAAUAUUGACGAAUGCACUAGAAAUCCGUGCAAGAAUGGCGGCACUUGCGUAGAUACCAUCGGUAGUUACACUUGUCAAUGUCCUGUUGGGAUGACGGGACGUCAUUGUCUAAUCGAUAUUGAUGAAUGUUUGUCGCAACCAUGUCAGAAUGAUGGCACGUGUGUCGAUCUCCUGCCAGGGUAUGCUUGCAACUGCAAUGUGUGGUUUGACGGCUUAACAUGUCAAAAUAAGAUUCCCACGUGUGUGUCGAAUCCGUGUACAAACGGUGGCACAUGCUCUGAGAAGACCAAUGGUCUUGGAUACACGUGCAAAUGCCCUACAGGUUUUAAAGGUGUCAACUGCCAAACUCAAAUCGAUUAUUGUGCAGUCGACCCUUGCAAAAAUGGAGCCUCGUGUGUUAGUCAUAUCGGUAGAUAUCAGUGCCAAUGCGUCGUCGGUUACUCGGGGAUGGACUGUGAUCAGUAUACGGGCGCUUGCGGUAGCAGUCCGUGUCGAAACAGCGGCGUUUGUCGUGACUUGGUGGGCGGCAAAUUUCAGUGUAUUUGCUCUACUAAAUUCACCGGCACGUUCUGUCAGCUGCCUGUCACUGUGGACCGCUGUGUUAACAAUCCGUGCAAAAAUGCCGGAACGUGUCAGAACACCGACGACGGCUACACGUGCAUCUGUUCAUCAUUCUACAGCGGCGCAACGUGCGAAACUUCUCUCGAUCCUUGUGAUGUGAAUAGGAACUAUUGUCACAAUGGAGGUACUUGUACGGGAAUAGCCGGUAUGUCAUAUAAACGUUGUUCUUGUCCUACGGGUCUGUACGGAACGCAGUGCGACGAUGACUAUAAUGAAUGCCAAUUGAACGUUGCUUUGUGUCAACAAAGAGGACAGUGUAUCAAUUUGUUUGGCAGCUAUCAGUGCGUAUGUCCGGCCUUGACAACUGGAAUGAACUGUGAGCUGACAAUUCAGCCCCAGUGCUUUCCAAAUCCGUGUCAAAAUGGAGGCCGUUGUGCGGCACUGUCCGGCAGCGCUUACACUUGCAUGUGCUCGCCAGGAUUUGCAGGGAGGAAUUGUGAUGUGAAUAUUGAUGAAUGUCAAUCACGUCCAUGCUUUCACGAAGGACGUUGCAUCGAUAGAACCAAUGGCUAUUACUGUGAAUGUAGUGGAACGGGAUAUGAAGGAGAUCACUGUGAAACCAUCGAUAUGUGUGGCUUGGUUGAGUGCGCAAACGGUGGCACUUGCCAGGAAGGAAUUUGUCUUUGUUUGUCCGGUUUCACUGGUCCACAAUGCACUGAUAGAUGCAUUGACAACGCAUGUUUGGAGAAUGCAGUGUGCAAUCAGUUAAUAUCCAGCAGAUAUUUGUGCGCUUGUCCUUCAGUGUCGACUGCUGUUAGUUGUACGUGUGAGACAAAUCCGUGUGAAAAUGGGGAUACAUGCACAGUGGGCGAGACGUCGGGUCAAUAUUAUUGUCAGUGUGUCGAAGAUGCUGCUGGCGGAGCGACAUGUGCUCCCGCACGAAGAAGUGAGGGCAAUCCAGCUGACUCUAAGGGUGAAAGCGACGGCGUUCCAGUUUGGCUGUAUGCCGUUGCUGUAGGGGGAGGAGUGGCCGUACUCAUUCUUGUGGCUAUAGGAAUCUUCAUCUACAGGAGACGCCGAGCGAAUGCAGCAGCAGCAUCGUCCAGAUUUGAUAAUUCUGGUCGCUCCACGUCGCUCGUGCAAAACCCAUUGUAUCCUGGUUAUGGUAUGCCUAGUAAUGAUAUGACCCCUAUGGUUCCUGGAAGUAUUGCCGGCUCAAAGCGUCAAUUUUCUCCACGUGCACAAAUGCCUCCGCCGAUGGCUGCUCAAAAUCCUCUUUUUGGUCACUCUAAUCCUACCUAUUAUGCCGACACAUUGCCACAUUCUGAUUUGCCGACUGGAGGGCCGACUGGUUUGCCAACAGGAAGACCUACUGGUGUGCCAACUGGAGGGCCGACUGGUUUGCCGACUGGAGGACCGACUGGUUUGCCCAGUGGAGGGCCUAUUGGUUUGCCGUUUCCGACUGGAGGGCCGACUGGUUUCCCGACUGGAGGUGGAUGGCCGACUGGUUUGCCGACUGGAGGGCCAACUGGAAGACCGACUGAAGGGUCGACUGGUUUGCCAACUGGAGGUGGAGGGCCGACUGGUUUGCCAACUGGAGGUCCAGGGCCAACUGGUUUGCCAACAGGAAGGCCUACUGGUGUGCCAACUGGAGGGCCGACUGGUUUGCCGACUGGAGGACCGACUGGUUUGCCCAGUGGAGGGCCUAUUGGUUUGCCGUUUCCGACUGGAGGGCCGACUGGUUUCCCGACUGGAGGUGGAUGGCCGACUGGUUUGCCGACUGGAGGGCCAACUGGAAGACCGACUGAAGGGCCGACUGGUUUGCCAACUGGAGGUGGAGGGCCGACUGGUUUGCCAACAGGAGGUGGAGGACCGACUGGUUUGCCGACUGGAGGGCCGACUGGAGUGCCACCUGGUUUGCCGACUCGUGGAAGGCCGACUGGAGUCCCAAUUGGUUUGCCGUUUCCGCAGAACCCAGUCUAUAGUGGGCCACAGGCUGAUUCAAUUGUCUCACCUUUUGACGAGAAAGAACUGCCGUCAGAAAUGGAUGAAACGAAUGAAGACAUUUACGAGCCUAUCCAGUGAAGUCUACACUUGCGCAAUUGGAUGUACGUGGUUGCUUGCUCAACAUUUGUUGCUGUUGCGUGAAAUGUUAGAAAGUUUUUUGGGGCGUGCGGGCUAGGCUGCAUUUGUGCAUUAUGGGAAUGCCUUCUGACGAUUAGUAGACAUACGGAGAUGCUCUAUUUGCGUUUUGAUAUACUUGCUAAAGUAUUUUUAUUGUUUCUAAUAUUCGUAUGCUCACUGGUAUUGAGAGUUAUGUCACACAGUG